GUGGACCACUGUGUCACAAUGGUUGUGAGAUUUGACAAUAGUAACCUAAAAGUCUUCCCAGUUACGAUGUCAAAUACUAAUUAAAUAGCUCUUGUAUAGAAUUUUAUUGGGCUCACUAAUACUAAAUAUUAGUAUAGUUAAUUUAUAAGAAAAAAUUGCAAUUUAAAAUUAUGUGGGGCGAUUCCUUAUUAAUUGUCUUUAUUUCCAUUUGUACAGCACUCUUGGGAGAAGGUCUAACUUGGAUUUUAGUAUAUAGAACUGAAAAAUAUCAAAAGUUAAAGGUGGAAGUUGAACGUCAGAGUAAGAAAUUGGAGCGUAGAAAAGAAGCACAUGGGGAUUCCUUAGAUAAACAACACAAAAAAAAGAUUGAGCGUGAGGAAGAACGUCUAAAGAAUAAUAAUAGAGAUUUAUCAUUGGACAAGAUGAAGUCAAUGUUUGCUAUUGGUUUUGCUUUUACAGCACUUCUGAGCAUGUUUAAUAGUAUAUUUGAUGGUAGGGUUGUAGCUAAAUUGCCAUUCCAUCCUAUAUCUUGGAUACAAGGAUUGAGCCACAGAAAUUUACCUGGUGAUGAUUACACUGACUGCUCAUUUAUAUUCUUGUAUAUAUUAUGUACGAUGAGUAUACGGCAAAACAUCCAAAAACUUUUAGGAUUUGCUCCAUCUAGAGCAGCAUCUAAACAAGGUGGUGCACUAUUUGCGGCACCACCUGGACAGUUCAAAUAAAUAAUUUAUUUUAAAUAAUACAUUUUAUUUUUAAAUUCCAAUGUUCCAAUUAGAUUGUUUAACCUUUAAGUUAUUACAGUUUUGUUAUAGUUAUUUUUAAGGUUUACUAUAAUGAAAACAAAAUUUGAUUAUAUAUUAAUUUAAUAAACAUUAAAAUCUA